CGGGCUUAUCAGGGGUAGAAAGUGAAGAUCGAGGGCGAAAAAGCAGAGCUGUUCCGUGUUUUCUGCAGAAGGCGAGUCCAUUGUAGUCUAUUACUCGUCGAGAGGGACAUGUUCAUGUUAUUCUCAUAACAAACACCCCAAAUGCACUGUUUUGAUUACAAGUGACAUCUAAUCCUUAAAAGAGCGAGCACCACCUAUAGGAGAUCGAAAGUGGCUUUUUCAUGGCUCUGUAAACGGAUGCAACAAUAUGCGGAUGGUUUUUACAGCAUCUGGUACAAAAUCUCUGUUCACAUGCGGCAUUUUAAAAGGGAUAGAUAGACAGGAGAUGCCAAACGUCGAGUCACUGGAGAAUGAAAACCUACAUUGAAAGAUCACGUUCAUCUUUGGCCAUCACCACAUGUUAAAUGGAUACAGAAUGGAGCGCAACAUGUAGCGGAUUUCCUGUGUGCACUGUAAAAUCAGAAGUCCCGCAUAGUGCUCCGGGGUUAUUAUCAACUGAGGACAGAGGCGCAGUCUUCUCAAGCUAAAUAUUGGAAGGAAACGAAAGACAUUGCUCUCGGUAUCAGUCUGUCAACUGCAAAGAAGAAACGAAUCUAGGCCUCUUUUGCACAACUUGCACAAGCUGUCCAUAUUUCCAGUCAUUUUCCUAAAAAUCCCAGUUUUUCCCAACGUGGAUUGCUAGUCAGGCGUUAUCUCAGGUGAAGGGUGGCAAUGUAAACAAAGUGUUGUAUUCGAAAAGAAACAAAGCUAUAUUAUCGCCCCCAAUUUAUUCUUAGUGAAUUUUCCAUGGGCUCACUUGAGGAAAAUUAACAUGGUCCAGGAGACCCUUUAAAUCUCCUUUUGCCUUAGGCCUACAUUUGGAGAACAUUGGAUUGGUGAAUCAACUGACAGAGGCGUGUAACUAACAAAUAUGUGAGCAAAGCUAUUCCAAAGUGCAGAUCCUGACAAUCAAGACACUACGUGGGAUUUAAAGGACAUUCGUGACACCUCAGCGCAAAGGGUUCAGUUUACACACAGGAGAAUAAAAGGGAACCCGAUGAGAGAGCACGAUGUAGGCCUACGUUUGAACCUUACAACAGUACCUUGAGGAAUUUUACACCUGCAGAACUACAAACAGAUUUCCACUUUUUUACGACGAGGUCACAGGAAGAAUACCAAACGUAGUCAUUAUUCACGAUGCCUCGCAACAGGGCCUUCUCUGAGCCGGAGUACUCAGCAGAGUAUUCGGCGGACUGCUCUGUGACCCUACCAUCGGACCCAGGCCAUGCCGUGGGGCGCACGCACGAGGUAACGGUUCGCAGCCAAGGGUGCUGCCUCUGCCUCCCACGCUUCAUGCGUCUCACCUUUGCACCCGAGUCUCUGGAGAACCUCUAUCAGACCUAUUUCCGGCGACAGCGACACGAGACCCUGCUGGUUUUGGUUGUGUUUGCUGCCCUGUUUGACAGCUACAUCAUUGUCAUGUGCGCUGUGGUCUACACAGGCGAAAAGCUGGCCUCUGUGGUGGUGGCAUCAGUGGGCCUGGCAUCAGACAUCCUACUCUAUGUGUUGUGCCGCUACGGCCUGCUACCCGACCGCAUCUCGCGACGUGUGGUGCCCUAUGCCCUGUGGGUGCUCAUAGCGACCCAGAUCUUCUGCUACCUGGGCCUGAACUAUGCCCGCUUCCACCAGGCCAGUGACACAGUGGGCUGGCAGGCAUUCUUUAGCUUCUCCUUCUUCCUGACACUGCCCUUGCGGCUCACGCCCAUUGUGCUGAUCACAUCCGUGUCGUGCGGGGUCCACACCCUAGUGCUGGGGGUCACCAUUGCUCAGCAGCAGCAGGAGGAUAUCCAGGGGGCUGCCCUCGGGAGACAGCUGCUGGCCAACAUAGUGAUCUAUGUGUGUGCCAUCACUGUGGGGGUCAUGUCCUAUUACAUGGCAGACCGGAAACACCGCAAGGCCUUCCUGGAAGCACGGCAGUCCCUGGAGGUCAAACUCAAUCUGGAGGAACAGAGCCAGCAACAGGAGCGUCUCUUGCUGUCCAUCCUGCCCAAGCAUAUAGCAGACGAGAUGUUACAGGACAUGAAGAAGAAAGAAGCCAGUCAGACUGGACAGAAGGAGAUGCAGCAGUUCAACACCAUGUACAUGUAUCGCCACGAAAAUGUCAGUAUUUUGUUUGCAGACAUUGUGGGAUUCACUCAGCUGUCAUCAUCAUGCAGUGCCCAUGAGCUGGUCAAGCUCCUCAAUGAACUGUUUGCCCGCUUUGACAAGCUGGCUGCCAAAUACCACCAGUUGAGAAUAAAGAUCCUGGGCGACUGUUACUACUGCAUCUGUGGCCUGCCAGACUACAGAGAGGACCACGCUGCCUGCUCCAUCAUGAUGGGCCUGGCCAUGGUGGAGGCCAUUUCGUAUGUUCGUGAGAAGACCGGGACAGAUGUGGACAUGCGUGUGGGGGUACACACUGGCACUGUCCUGGGGGGCGUCCUGGGACAGAAGCGGUGGCAGUAUGACGUCUGGUCCACUGACGUCACCGUGGCCAAUAAGAUGGAGGCGGGGGGAAUACCGGGGCGUGUGCACAUCUCCCAAGCCACCAUGGAGUGUCUGCACGGGGAGUUUGAUAUGGAGCCGGGGAACGGGGGCGACCGCUGUGAGUACCUGAAGGAGAGGGGCAUCGACUCCUACCUGGUGGUGGUGCCCAAGGGCCCCCUGGGAAAGAACGGCAUCAACGGGGUGAAGUUGUCUGUGAUGUCAUCCAAUGGGAACUCUCCAUUGUUGAUCAACACCACUGAGUGUAAUGGAAGUGUCCACACAGCCUGCACCACACCAGACGAGCCAGAGGAGCUGGACACACGGGUGGUGAACCCUUCGUUCCCCAACCCUCGCCGGAGGCUAAGACUGCGGGACCUGGCCGAGAGGGUGAUUGAUGCCCAAGAGAACGAACAGGAGCUCAACAAACUGCUCAAUGAGGCACUUCUGGAGCGAGAGACCGUACAAGCUUUGAAGGGGAAACGCACCAACCGUCUGUCCCUGCGCUUUGUGGACCCUGAGCUGGAGACCCGCUACUCCGUAGAAAAGGAGAAGCAGAGCGGAGCUGCCUUCAGCUGCUCCUGUGUAGUGCUCCUGUUCACUGCAGCCAUGGAAGUCCUCAUAGACCCUCGGAUGAUAGCAAACUACGUGACCCUAGCUGUGGGCGAGGUCCUGCUGCUCGUCCUAACUGUCUGCUCUCUGGCGGCCAUCUUCCCUCGAGUUUUCCCUAAGAGGCUGGUGUCUUUCUCCACAUGGAUCGACCACACCCGCUGGGCACGGAACACUUGGGCCAUGGCAGCAAUCUUCAUCCUCACCAUGGCCGACAUUGUGGACAUGUUGAGCUGUCCCCGUCCCUCGGGAAACGCCACAAUUGCCCCUCCUUCCUCUGUUGUCCAAUCCGGGGCAGAGGGCUGUCUGGACAACCCCAAGUACUACAGCUACAUCGCUGUGCUGGCUCUCAUGGCGACCACCAUGCUGGUGCAGGUCAGCCACAUGGUCAAGGUCACACUCAUGCUCCUCAUCACCAUAGCGACGGGCAUCGUCAACAUCUACAGCUGGAGGGACAUAUUUGACCGCUACGAUAUGGCCCGCUUCCAGGACUACAGGUCUUACCUGGUUCCCUCCAAAUAUGCCAUGACUGUGAUGAUCUUCAUCAUGAUGAUCAGUUUCUACUACUUUUCUCGACAUGUGGAGAAGCUAGCCCGUACUCUGUUCUUGUGGAAGAUUGAGGUCCACGAGCAGAAGGAGAAGGUGUAUGAGAUGAGGCGCUGGAACGAGGCGCUGGUCACGAACAUGCUGCCAGAGCACGUAGCACGCCACUUCCUUGGCUCCAAGAAAAGGGACGAGGAGCUGUACAGCCAGUCAUAUGAUGAGAUUGGGGUGAUGUUCGCCUCCAUCCCCAACUUCUCGGACUUCUACACAGAGGAGAGCAUCAACAACGGGGGGAUUGAGUGCCUCAGGUUCCUAAACGAAAUCAUCUCUGAUUUUGACAGUCUCCUGGACGAGUCUCAGUUCCGCUGCAUCACCAAAAUCAAAACCAUUGGCAGCACCUACAUGGCAGCAUCAGGUGUCACUCCCAACGUCAGCAAUGGCUACGCCUGUCUGAAGAAAGAGGAGCUGACCGACAGAGAGCGCUGGCAGCAUUUGGCAGAUCUGGCUGACUUUGCUCUGGCCAUGAAGGUCACGCUCAUGAACAUCAACUACCAGUCCUUCAACAACUUCAUGCUACGCAUAGGUUUGAAUAAAGGGGGGGUGCUGGCAGGAGUGAUUGGUGCCCGGAAGCCUCACUAUGACAUCUGGGGCAACACUGUGAAUGUGGCAAGUCGCAUGGAGUCCACAGGCGUCAUGGGUAACAUCCAGGUGGUGGAAGAUUGCUACCACAUCUUGAAGGAGUACGGAUUCCGUUUUGUGAGGAGGGGACCCAUCUUUGUGAAGGGGAAAGGAGAGCUGCUUACCUAUUUUCUGAAGGGUAGAGAAAAACAGGGAUCCUUCAUCAACGGCUCCUUGGUCACCCUGCCACACCAAGUGGUGGACAACUCCUGACCUGCGUGUCAACGCACACAGAAACACAAACGCACACACAUAAUCAGAAAUAUACAUUCUAAUGUAUAAGUGAGAUCUGAAUUAAUGCUUAUACCAACACUCCAUCUUUCAGAAUUACAAAGUAUGUAAGAGGAUAUGAACAUCUUGCAAAGAGAGAAGAUUUGUUCCGCCUCCCCUACCCUGCCUGUUCAAAUAGUUUUUUUGCAAACUACAAAGCUUUUCAAAAGAGUGCUCAGCUACUUGCACUACAGACCCUAUGAACACAUAUCACGCUACUGUAUAGUCACACAUAUUUACACACAUUUUUAGACAAACACUCUUCAGACACACAUCGUCUGACAAACACACAUUCAUGUAUUCACUACAAUGCCAUCACUCAAGCCAGAUGCAGCCAGGCUGUUGGACUAAAUGCCUCAUUUUGAAUACUUUCCCCCUUUUACAAAAUACUUUAUAUUUGGAAAAUGAUGUAUUUCAUUGUGUUUGUUACAGUAUCUCCAAACUGCUCGGAGAUGAAGAUGACCUGAGAUAAGAUGGUAGUGUUUGAAGGUUAAUGCAGAGUGUGUGUGUGUGUGUGUGUGUGUGUGUGUGUGUGUGUGUGUGUGUGUGUGUGUGUGUGUGUGUGUGUGUGUGUGUGUGUGUGUGUGUGUGUGUGUGUGUGUGUGUGUGUGUGUGUGUGUGUGUGUGUGUGUGUGUGCGCACUGAAUAAGCCUGCAGUGAAAGUGUUCUUUCUCACUUUUGUUUCGAUCCGCAAUCAAGUAAUGUUGCCAUGCCCUCUUUCUGUUUGCUAUGAAUUUGGAACACAUGCCUUCUCAGUUCUCUGCUCUUCCCCCCGGGCUUAUAUUGGCACAUUUCACUUCUUUACGGCAUCUGAGGCUAUUCUGACAGUGGGUACAGAACCCAGGUGUGAGUCCUCAGGUGUGAAAUUCGAGACAGGUUGAAUGUUUUUGUGUUUUUUGGAGGCAUUGCAGGUGUGUGCAUGCAUGUUGUAAAGCAAGUGAUUGAGUGAUUCAUGGUAUUUUAGAGUUUGUGGUCACCGGGUCUUUGUGAGUAGCUGACACCUGUGGCCAUUAUGGGUAUUCCGGUGGGUAGAAAUGCAGUGCCCUGAAAAGGUAUUUGCCCCUUUUUGGGGUUUUCUCUAUUUUUACAUGUUUUUGAUACUGAAUUAGCAGAUCUUCAACCAGAAUCUAAUAUUAGAUAAAGGGAACAUCAGUUUACAAAUAACCCAAAAAAUUAUACUUCUUUUAUUUAUUUAAAUAACAAAGUUAUGCAACUGUGUGAAAAAUGAAUUGCACCCUUACACUCAAUAACUGGUUGUGCCACCUUUAGCUGCAAUGACUGCAGCCAAAUGCCGCCUCUAGUUGUUGAUCAGUCUCUCACAUCGCUGUAUAAGAAUUUUGGCCCACUCUUGCAUGCAGAACUGCUUUAACUCUGGGCCAAAAUUCCUCCACAGCGACGUGAGAGACUGAUUAACAACUCCAGGAAGCGUUUGGUUGGAGUCAUUGAAUCUAAAGGUGUCACAAGCAGUUAUUGAGUGUGAGGGGCAAUUACUUUUUACAUUACAUUUACAUUUAAGUCAUUUAGCAGACGCUCUUAUCCAGAGCGACUUACAAAUUGGUGCAUUCACCUUAUGACAUCCAGUGGAACAGCCACUUUACAAUAGUGCAUCUAAAUCGUUUAAGGG